GGUAAGAAAAUCUUUUCCUGUUUUAUCUUUUACCAAAAGAACCGUUGAUCCUUCGUUGAUUCAAUCAUGGAAAAACCAGUCAAACGCCAUUUAACACCGACAAGUUGAUGACAAACCAACUCAGAGUCGUUGGCACACACCACAACACAGCACUAUUUAUCAUCAUUUAUUGUUACCUCACUGGUCAUUGUCCCAGCCUCCACCUUGUCUCCUCGGCCACCUCUUCUCCACAUCCCACAUCUUUCUGCUCAGUUCCUCCUCUCAAAAAUCCCACUACCCUCCCUCAAGGCUCACAGCUUCUUCCCAUGGAUUCAUCAGAUGAAGAGGGAGAGGAGUAUCUGUUCAAGAUAGUGAUAAUAGGGGACUCAGCUGUGGGAAAAUCCAACUUGUUGUCUAGAUAUGCAAGAAACGAGUUCAACCCACAUUCUAAAGCCACAAUUGGGGUGGAGUUUCAGACCCAGAGCCUUGAAAUUGAUGGGAAAGAAGUUAAAGCUCAGAUUUGGGACACUGCUGGUCAAGAACGCUUUCGGGCUGUCACCUCUGCUUAUUAUCGUGGUGCCUUUGGUGCGCUUUUGGUUUAUGAUAUUAGUCGGAGGACCACCUUUGAAAGCAUUCCUCGCUGGCUUGAUGAACUUAAGACUCAUUCUGAUACAACUGUUGCAAGGAUGCUUGUCGGGAACAAAUGUGAUUUGGAGAAUAUAAGGGAUGUGAGCGUGGAGGAAGGCAAGAGUCUCGCAGAAUCAGAAGGAUUGUUCUUCAUGGAGACAUCUGCAUUAGAUUCAACAAACGUAAUAACAGCUUUUGAGAUGGUUAUUCGAGAGAUCUACAACAACGUUAGCAGGAAGGUACUGAACUCUGAUUCUUACAAAGCGGAAUUAUCUGUCAAUCGGAUUAGCCUUGUCAACGAUGGGAAUGACGGUACAAAGCAGACACAAGGCUUAUAUUCUUGUUGCUCCGGAUGAUUGAAAUUUAAGAUGUGUAAAAUGGUUUCUAUUUAUUUGCCUUAAACGGUGUUCAUUUCCCUAUUUUUUCAUUUAUUGGCGAAUAUUAUAUUUAUCAAGGGGUUGCUGUUCCUUUUUUUUUCUUGGAUACCAUAAGGACAAUGGAUAAUUAGUGAAAGGUCAAAUUUAAAUUUUUUUUAUACCAGUACUUA